AGUUGCGAUCAGAUCGUUCGAAGGAAAUAUCACGUCGGGUACUUGGCGAAUUGGCAAAUUGGCCGUGGUGCGGAUAAAGUGUUAGUUUAGCAACUAAGAAAGAACGGGCUAAGAAAAUGUUCAGCAACAUAUUGAUAAUGACUCUACUCGUACUCAGUGCCGAUGCCCGACCCUCCGCGGGCGAGGUCAACGUGGAUCCCAGCGAAUACCACGGCAAUCUGUCGGUGGAGACGGUGCUGAAGGUGCAACAGUGCGAGAAGGACUCCACUACGAUGGAGCUGUGCAUGCGGUGCGCCAAGGUGACCAAGUCGGAGUUCGUCUAUCCCAUGUGCUGUGGCAACGAGGAUGGCAUCAAGGACUGGUGCCGCGAGUACGUGUACUUCGGCAACGAGUAGAACCGGGAUGCGGGCUCCAGGAGGCGAUGGAAACUGUGUGAACUGUGUAAAUUGGCUCGCGCUCCUGCAUGGAUUGGCUGUGAUAAACCCACUGUAUUUAUUUAAAUUAUAUUUAGGAAUAAACAAGGCUAAAUUAGCGUA